UUUUAGAAGCUUGACUCAGAGCCCAGUGGCUUCUCUGCGAUAACGUUCAAAGAAUGUUUGAAGCCGUUGUUAGUAACAGUCUGCUUCGAAAAUACAAUCUCAGACGAAAGCGAUGCGUCUGCUUUUAGUGUAGACAAUGAUGGAAUCAGCUACAAGAAUUUAAUACUUCUAUUUCUAUGUAGUAUAAUUGUGUGCACUUAUUUGCAGCAUUUAAUUAAGUCAAAUCCGUCUGGAUCACGAAGCACUUUUUAAACCCGACCAGAGAAAAUAAAUCACAAUUGCCACAAUAUGUAUGAUUCACUAGCUUGUUAUCUCGAAGUUAGUAAACAGAGGCCUCAAACAAUGCAAAACUUUCCAACAUUCGGUCUCAUUUGCUCCUCGUCUUCUUUUGUUAUGAUUCGCUUCGUUUUCCCCUCUAUGGUGCACUGACCCACGUGUCUGUUAUCAGUUUCCUCCUAAUGAUGCACCCUUUGUCAGUGGCUAGGAAUUUCCUUUUCUGCUGUUCCGUACGACUGACAUCAAGAUGCAACACUGUCUAUCGCAGAGAUCUAUCUUUUCCCAGUUUUCGUCGCGGCGCUUUUAAAUACAGUUAUACAUUUCCUUUCGUGGAUAUCAUCAUUUUGGUCAGUGUUAUACGAUCAGAAUUUUUUUUCUCUCUUUUUCGCCCGUUUUUUUUUUCGUUUUCCACGAAAGACGCACUCCUGUCUUCAUCAACUGCCAUGUAAAUUAUGAAUUCACGUCAGAAAAAAAAGUCGAUUUUCUUCUGUGGAAUCAAAAGGUUUAUCUUGUAUCGGAAAUAUCCACGGCGACAAACACACGCUCUUUCUGGCCCGUGAUCGAAGUGGGAUUAGCGGUCGUUUGAAUUCAUCACAUCUAUGAUUUGUCAGGAGAAGGCAGUAACUCCGCUGCACCCCAGCGACUGGCCGCAAGACCCGCCUGACCUCCGGGAAGGACAUUCUGACCUGUUCCGUAUCUCCUACGCCAUGAGGCACUUGGAACUCACAGGCUGGUAUUGGGGAGCGCUCACAUCAGUUGAAGCACGGCAGAUUCUGAAUCAAACCACCGAAGGCACGUUUCUAGUCCGGGACAGCUCCAACCCAGAAUAUCUCCUAACACUGUCUGUCAAAACAAGCUCAGGACCUGCUCAUCUUCGCAUCGAGUACAACGAGGGCAAGUUUGGCUUCGAUUCGGUAGUUUUGGCGAAACCAAAGCUCAAGAAUUUUGAAGAUGUAGUUGAUCUUGUCCAGCAUUAUGUCUCGCUGUCUAGAAGUGCUCACACUGCACACGACCAGUCAAUUGCACCAGUGACUAAAGACACAGUCAUUCAUCUGAAACUGACCAAACCUCUAUAUGUUGCAACUCCUUCACUGCAACAUCUUUGUCGGAUUAUAAUCAAUAAAAGUACUAAGACAAUCCAAGAACUUCCUUUGCCCACUAGAUUAAAGGAAUAUUUAUUAGAAUAUCCUUUCCACUUAUAACCAUUCCAAGGAUGUGAAUGAGUACACAACUCAGAUAAAUGGUUGAAAGCCUUAUACUGGGGACAUAUUCAACUGUUUUAUGUUAAGUACUGAGGCAAAAUGCAAAACCCUGUGGAUGAUGAGUUUAAACUAACCAACACAUUUUUACUUGGAACAAAUUAAUCAAAGCCACUUCUCCAGUUUCUUAUUUAAUGCUAAUUUGUUUUCCAAAGGUUUUGGUACCCAUUUAUUUUUUUUUUCAUUUAGUAUUUCUGUUGACAGUUAUACACUGCAGGUACUUUGAACUCCUGGGUUGCAUUAUAUAAGGAAUAGAUUGGUUCAGAGAGGGUAAGGAUAGAUAAAGUGAUAUAGUGUGAGAAAUUACUAUGGUGUGAUGGUGUUGAAUGGAGGGUCAUCGCUCAAUAUUGGUGCACCCUCAUUUUUAGUUCAACUGCUUUGCUGGGAACUGCAUGACGUGGGGAUGUUGAAAUUUUAGAAUUUCUGGUGCUCCCUGUGAUGAGAUGGAUAAACCCCAACAUGGGUAAACUCUAUACAUUCACCUUGAUACAAGGUGCCUGUGUUUAUUUUUUUUGUAGCAAGACAAACUGGUGUCUUCUUGUGAAAGACAGUUAAUGAUCUGCUCUUGUGAAGCUGGUGGAAGUUGCUGGAAGAAAUAAGCAUUCUGUUUCGCUUCCUCUUGAGAAUUUGGGUAACCUGCACCAGGAGCACACCUGACACAAAAAGGAGCUUUAGGAAAGGGAUUUCACAGUAAGCCAAUCAGCAGAAAGGAAUGUCGAGGAAAGGCCACGUAAUGUCAUUUAAUAUAUAAAAAUACACGAUAGUUUAUCUGCUUUUAAUAAGUUUAACUAUUGAUGGCAUUCUUUAAACAAUGAACCAAAAGAAUUGAAAACAAAAGGUACUUGUUUUUAAAUUUGUCCAGGAAGCAAAAAUAAAAUGUGCUGUCCGGAUAAUAUUGCAUUGCCUUGUGCAACUGGAGUGAGGCGUGUGUUGCAUGGUUUCUGUGCAUGAGGAAAGCAGCUGAUUAAUUGACUUGCUGAUGCCUAAGAAUCCUUCGAACAAGGAAAGGUCGCCAAACCUGUAAAACUUGUUCUGUCUUUUGAAUGUGCACCCUAGAUAGUCACGGGAUGCCAUGACCCACUUUAGGAUCUGUAGUCCCAUCUGUCACUGACUUGGUCAAAGCUUAAUCUUCCAUAAAUACUCAACACCUACCUCAGAUGGGAUUUGCAAUAGGAAAUGUACCAUCAACGCUAGGUAUCACCUUGCGCAAGAUCAGUGCAAGAGAUGCCCUUCUGAGGGCAAAAUGCUGGAAAUCUGACUUGUAAGUACAGAGUGUAACAAGAGGAUCAAACUGAAUCAGGCCCACUGCCGUUGAGGUUCCCUCAUGCCUACACAGAGCUAGGCUGGAAGCAGAGGGUAAACUUAAAGCAUCCAUACCCACUAAUCCAACCGUGAAGUGUCAGUAAUGACUUCCCCCAAAGUGCCACUAGUCUUUCAGUCCGCAACGUAAACGCCAUUUUUUAAAAUUCUUAAGUCAAUUAAAGUCUUUUAAUACCUGAUGCACCAUCAAUAACUCUCGGAGACGGGAGGCGAACAAUAGGCUUUUAUUAGCUGCAAGAGACCACGAUUAGCAGCAAGAGACCACCACACAACAUUCUGGAGACUGAGGGGGGAGCAAUGCCUCCAACUGCCUUUAUACAGGGGUCUGUGGGAGGAGCCACAGGAGCAGUCAGCAGAGGGAUGUGUCCAGACAGGUAUAUGUAGCUCACCACACAUACCUCUGUUCAAAUGUAUUUAAAAAUUACUAACAUUAAAGCAAUAUUAUAAAAUGGACUUAAUGAAAACACAGUCACUGGAAAAACUAAAUAAAAAUUAAACUCCCUAAAGCAAAAUAUGUUUAAUCUUCCGUUUUCACUCCCAAGCAACAAGUCUAGAGUGCCAAAGAAAAUCAACUGGGUUUUGGAUUUGCCCAACGAUUUCUUUUUGUGCAAUCUCUCAAUAGAAGGUAUUGCCAGAUGUGGUGCUGUUUUUAUUAAAUCUGGAAAUUCCCAGCCAUUCAAGCGACUGAGUAUUAUUGGAUCCAGUAAGAACUGUUGACGAAGCUCAGCAAGCCGUUGCCCAAUGUGAUGCCCAUCCCCUUACGAUGUUAUUUAUCCCAUUUACGUGCCAGAUAUAUUCUACUUACAGAUCAGGGAUUUUGGUUUGUUUUGGUCCUACCAUUACAGAGUUAAAGCGUUUACAGGUGCAAAUUCUAACCCAGUAAAUUGAAAGGUAGUGAAUGGGCAGGAUUGGACAGUUCCUCUGUCACUUGAGGCUGCUGAUCAUGUUCCUGUUUGUAACUGAAAAUGAAAUUAAACAUAUAAUUUGCAUAAAACUGUUGCAAAUUGUCGACUGGGUAAAUUUGCAUUGCUACUUGAACGGUUGGUUGUUUUGAGUCCUGACAAAUGUUUCCUGCAACUCUUCCUGCCCCCACCCACACAAUUCAAUUGGUUGCAAAAGUUUUUGAGGCAGUGUUGUCAAUAGUUGCUCUAAAAAUGAGGGUGUGUUUUUACUGUAUAUUUUGGCACUGAAUUGUCCAGAUUUUGUUGUUUGGGCCAUGUACGCUCAUCCCUUAACCACCAAAUGCCUGGCACUUAGCCUUGGAUGUGCCUGCAAAAAAUUUGUUUUGAGAACUUCGUACACUAUGUUGGCAUGUCACUGCAUGUUUCCAGCAACCUGGUCACAUGGCUGAGCUAGAACAAGCCCCCACCAAUCCUGGAGAAACUGUUUAGCAGACUGCAAGGCCACACACCAGUUUUGCUCUCUGUCAAGGCAGUCAAGCUUUUUAAAUGAUCCAAAUUUAAAACAUUGCAGAAAGUUGAAUAACUUAAUUAAAUAUCAGUUUACUUCAGCUUUAUCCUUUCUUUUGCUUAUGGCCAUAUAAUCUCUGUGGAGUUGUAUAUUUUGUGCUAGAGCAGGAUUUAUGAGCCGAUUUCCCAUCUACAAUCCUGGAAAAUUUCAACAAAUUGGUGCCCCAUUUCUGGACUCUGCAAAACAAAGUGAUAGACUCCCUGGCAGGAAAUGUUGACAAAACCCAGCAAAACAAAAUGUGUUCAUGAAGAACAAUAAUUGAUGGGGUGGAAAUGAUGAUUAUGACAUUUCCUGCAAUUAACUCUCAAUUGUUACAAAUUGGAAGAUCUCCAUUUAGAUUUACCCCAUUCUUUGGAAAUUUUUAAAAUUAAUUUGCAUCCAAAGCAGCCUCUGAUCAUAUUAAAAUGCAUGAUGGGAAAUUUAACAAAUAUGCUUCAUUCUUGGUUUUUAAGGAUUUCUGAUGUGCGAUUCCAAUAUAUGCUUAAAUAUUUUACAACAAAUUCAAAGAAAAUAUCGCCAGAUACCAAAUCAUUUUCACCUCCAGCCCCCUGGCUAAUCGCUUUUCUAACCAAGUCCAAACUGUACAGGUGUUUCUUUUUUAAAUUUUUCCAUUUCCAUCAUUACACACAUUCAAAGUUUAGUCUGCAUGGCUGGAAUUGGUAUUGUAAUUGCUUAGUGCUGAAUAGGUAACCUGUUACUUUUAUCACAUGUUGAACAUAUUUAUCAUGGACCAUAAAACUAUAUUUUCUUAUUUAUUUCAAGUUUUCCAAGAAAUGAAGAGUUGUCUUUAAGAGCCAAAAUUUGGAGAAAAAUCUUUAUCUUGGGAUUUUGGAAUUUAACUAUUUAAAGAUCAUCACUCUCAGUCAUUUUAAAAAAAGGAUGGCCUAAUGGAUCCUUUUUUUAAUGACUGGGAGUGAUGAUCAUUAAAUAUUUUUCUUAUGAAUAAAGAGGAGAAAGGCAUUGCCAUUUUUGCAGUUGUGGGUAGAGAACAAUAAAACUCUUUGUUACUUCACACGCUGAUGAUCAAGCUAGCUGAGCCAAAGGCUCCUUUCAGAUCCGCCUUCAGCUGUGGUGUUAAAACCAGCCAUUGUUGUAGAGAUUAAAUGUAACUGCAUGUGCUUUGAAUUUGGGUUUUUACCUUUCCUCCAGUAAAUAUUUCAACAUGGUUGCCAGGAGUUGAAAAGCUUAAAGCAUUUUUUUAAGGAAGUGCGACGCAAGUUAUUGGAAUGGCAAAUCAGCAAAAGUAAUAGGUGGAUUUAUUUUGUAACUUCCUAGUUUUCCUCAUAAAAUAUCUCUUUUGAUAGGAUAGUUAUAAAGGUGCAUUCUGAUUUAACAAGCUGCCUUCUUUUAGUUGUACUGUGGAUUCUGGUUCAUUAGGACACCUCAAGAUCUGUACAUCUUGGCCCAAUUAAGUGGCUGUACCAAUUAGCUGAUAUUUCAUAGAAAUCGUUAAAAAGGUAUUUAAAAAAAAAGAAACUACUGUUUAACUGAGUAGCAAAUUAUGUAUUUAAAUGAAAUACAGAGCAAAUUAGAACACUACCAAUAAUACUACAGUACUAGGAAACUUUAUUAGUUCCUAAUAGUUAACGAUGGAGGAAUUUAUCCAGUAAACACUUUAUAUUGACUGACUGUAAAUGAAGAAAAUCAGUGCAUAACCUAGUGAAGAUAAUGGACUGCUUCAUACAAUGCUAUCAAUGAUUGCAUCCUCCAAAUCUUCAUUUUCAUUAUAACAUUCGAGAUGUUUGUCGAUACCUACAAAGAAACCUUUGUAGUUCCUAACUUGUUGAAGUCGUGAAAUAAUUUCAUUUUCACUCCCGGCUGUUUCUGACAUCUCCAAGCCUGGAUGCUUGAAGCUGCUGUGAGCAGAGCAGUUUUGAAUUGUCUUGCUGCUCAUCUCUCACUAUUCAUCAAUGACAAAAAUCACUGCAUUUUGAACACAAACACGUGCAACUUAUGCUAUUUAAUAACUGCUCAUUCAAAGAACGACAUAGAAUCUAACGCCAUACAAAUGCACACAUCUGCCACUAGUUAGAGCAAACACGAGGAAAUCUGCAGAUGCUGGAAAUUCAAACAACAACACACUAGCGUGUUGCCACUAGUUAGAAACCAUUUGCCAGCAGUCUCCUGACACAAUGAAGCAACAUAGUGUCCCAAAUAAUGAAGGGAAUCCUGGCUAUUUUCUCGAUUAGAUUUUGCUCUUUAAGAGUUGUCCCAAAUAAAUGGUUGCCCAAUUAACUGGAACACCACUGUAUUUUUUGUCAUUCUGCAUAUCUUAAUUUUGCAUUUCCACCCAUAAUGGAUUAGAUUUCUGAAAGUCAACCCCAGGAGAGCAUAAAGUGGGUAUGGUCUUUACCUAAUGGAAUUAAAAUGUGUGGCUAGUUACACUAAGGACAGUGAAUAUUUGAUAUAGCAAAAGAUCCCACCCAAAUUAGCUCAUUCUACAUGUUGGAAAUUGUGCUGCAGUUUCAAUCAUGUAAUUUUUGGAACAAUAAGUGAACCUGAUAUUCCCAACGAAUAGAAAAAUCAGAAAAUUGUGAUGUGAGCAGGAUUGACAACAUACCUGCUAAAAUGUAGAAAUAAACGACAAAUUAAAAUAAUUGAACUAAAUGAUUUAUUAUAUGAAAUGUUCAUUAUUGAUAUUACUUUAAUUGAAAGUUGACUAAUUAUCUUUAAUUUUAUCUUGGAAAGAGACAUCAUUGGACACAAUUAAUUUUUUUCUUUCUAAACUAUCCAUCUUAAUCUUGGAGUGAUUUCUGCAAAAGCACCAAUGUCAUCAGGUCACUGAGAAAUCUGCAUUAAAACUAAAAGAAUUUAGCUUUGAUUAAAUGUUCUAAAAUUAAGCAGCCCUUUUCAAAACCAAGAGCAUCUAAAACAAAAGUUUCUUAGUUAACUUAUUUGCAUUAAUAUCCACAUAAUAUCAAAAUGAAGGUGGAAGAUCAGAGAUUAAUGUUCAUCAGGAAUUACCUGUUUAAAAUAAGGAAGAUGUAGAGCCAUAAGGAGUCAAAUCAUGUGGGGGCUCAGGGUAUUCCCAUGUCUUGUGCGAUUUUUAGUUAUAAAGUUACAUUGUGCCUAUAUUCAGUUGGUGUGACCCAGUACCUGAGUAGAAAAACUCAGUGGUUAUUAUUUGAGCAGAUGGUGUGAUUGGGAUGGUAGGGGUGGCAUGAGGAAAUAAAUUGUUGUGCUUUACACGAGGAAAUCCUUAAUAUGCAUAUACUGUAUAUUCCCCAUCCUGAAUAUUUGUUUCAAGAAACCUUAUUAAAUAUUCAGGUAUCAUACUUGUUGGCUAAAGCACAAAAUACUAGUGUAUUCCAAUUCAGACUGUCAAAAAAGAAGUAAAUGAGCUCGCAUUCCUUAUGCACGUGCACGUGUACAUAUACAUCCUCACCAUCCCUAACCCUUGAGUCUGACUCAUACAGGAAGGAGACCUGAUAGAGGAACCAAGGCAUUGUCCUUUGUUCUGUUAAAAUGGCAGCCAGCUUUUCAUUUAACUUGAAAGAUAAGGACGGUUAUUUGAGAUUUAUUCUUUAUAAUUAUGAGUAAGUUGUAUUGGUCCCACUGAAGAGCCGUGAUGACUUUAUUUUCACACCCUCCAUCUGUGUCAAAAUUUUAUGGAUAUCUGAGUGGCAAUCCUGCUCGAUUCCCACUGACCAAAUCCAAAUUCACCAAAGUAUAGUCUCUGUCUCAGUACUUGGAAAUAAUCCAUCAUUCUACACUAAUGAUAGAGGUGCAAAUUUGCAAAAACAUGUAUUUUCAAACUUUGGUACUGUUUGGAUGUUUUAAUUGCACCACAUAACUGUACCCCAAAAUGGGAAGUGUUCAAAUUAGAAAGAAGCAUGUCUAGGUUUGAUUGGUUAUGUAGAAAAAUAGUAGUUAUUAUUAUCCUCUACAGUAAUGGAAGAAUAUAAAACAUAGAGGAAAAUAGGUGCAGGAUGGGCCUUGUGGCCCAUUGAGAUUGCUCACUAUGUAUUCAAUAGCAUAUUGACUAAUCUUAGCUUGGAGAUUUCCAGUCUAUUUCCCAGAACCCUCGACUGCAUCAGAGACCAAACAACUGUCUGACAUGGUUUUAAGUACGUCCAGUGAUUCAGCUUCCUCAGUUCCCGGGUAGAGAAUUCCAAAGAUUCAUGAUCCUCCAAGGGAAUAAAUUCCUUUUCAUCUAAUCUAGUCAAACUUCAUAAGGGGAAGUUUAUGAGGAAUAAUCUGUUUAGUAACCCGAUCUUUUUUUUAAUUAUUAUUAUGUACUGCAUCUGUGGUUAGAUGGGUGAGAAAGAGGUGGGUGGUGAGAGGUUGUGCAGUACUGUGUUUAUGUGACCGUUUCAUUCUAGCGGUUCAGUCUGCUAAAGGUUGUCUGUAGAAAUUGUGAAGUAAGUUUCGAAUAUAACUUGUGAAGUAUAAAUAUAAAUUGUUGCAAAUAUAAAUUGUGAAGUAAGUUUCGAAUAUAACUUGUAUACUGUAGAUUUUGGAAUCAGUAUUUAAUUUCUGUCAGAGAAAUACCCUGCGCUUCUCAUGUUUUAUGUUUGAAUUCACCUGUCUGUGACACAGGAAUUUUACUGCCUUUGAUGCCGUGCAUCUGUCAAUUACACACUGUGUGAGCUGCAAGUCAGUGAGGACAUUACACCAGAAACUGCUUUUUUUAUAUUCUUAAAAAGUUUUUUUAAAAAAAGCAGCAUAUUAUUUCUGUAUUGAAAUCAACAGAGACAAAAAUAAUAGCUUAGGAUUGACUUGGCUGAGGUGCUUAUAGUUCUUCAUUGUGCAUUUGUUCAAAAUAUUCUGGAGCAUGUAAUGAUAUAGAUUAAUGAGUAUCAUUUGUAUUCCUAAAUAUUUGUAAAACUGAAAUGUUAUUAAUAAUCACCACAUUUAACACGAGUUAAGCUUUGCAAAUAGCUUUGCUAUGACUAUUCACAGUGCACCUGGCUUCCAUUUUACUGACUUCCAGUAAUGUGAACUGUGGAAUUUUUUGAAUGAAUUUAUCCCAUAUAAAUCUUGUAACUAAUUAUCUCCGGUAUAGAAGGUCUUGUUCCUGUGAACAGAUCUGUUUUCUCAGGAGGAGUUUAAAUACUCCAAUGUGCUGCUCUAUCACAGUGUGAUUUAAGCAGCUGACUUAUCAUCUGCUGGGAAAUAGUCAAGUUAUGAAAAUGGUGCACACACAGAAGUCUGUCUUUUGUGUUAAUAUUUAACAACUUAUUGGUGCUGAACCAUUUUAGUAAUUAACAUGUCAUUGUUUCUUGGUAAUAAACUGCCAAAUAUGCUCAAUUCCAUUUUACAGCUACAAAGCUGUCAUUAAAUUUAUAAUGGUGACUAUUCAACUAUUACUAUUUUUUUUUCUCUGACAUAUUGUAUCCAAAAUGUACUUGGAAAAAGUAUUUUGAAUGGUAAUUUUAUAGUGAUUUUUGGAAACUAAUAUGGCCUGCACCAUUAAAGAGGAAACAUGUAAGUAUAUGUCAAACUAUUCUUCUCAGUAGGAAGAAUUAAAUCAGGUUAUUACCAUGAUAAAUGAUUUGUUAACCAAAUAAAGUAAUUCAAUUAUUGUUUUGCAGUUUUUUAAAUAAACAAUUGAUUUUUAGAAAAAAUGAUUGCUAACCACAUUUUGAAAGGGUUCCACUUUAAAUUCCUGGAGUCUGGUAAUUACUACAACAAUAGCAAUUUUAUUCUCCUCUCCAAUUAGUGUUGGUGCAACCAUUUCUGAGAAAUGGAGGUCUGCAUACAUGUGCAAAUAAUUUUUGGAUUCCUUUUACUAGCAGCAUGGCUGAUUAUAAAGCACAAGGCAAAAUAUAUAGGAUUCUGUUUACAAGAUACAGGAAUAUAUGUAGUUAUUUUAUAUUUUUAUAUUGUUUCUGAAAUAAUGAUUAUAUUGAUAAAUUUGGAAUAUUUGCUCAAUGACUGACAGAGUGGUAUCUCUGGUUUUUCCUUUGCAUCUGAAUCUCAUAUACAAGAGAGGUUGGGGUAAAGUCACAAGGUAACUGAGUGGUUGGUCAACUGAGAGGAGUCAGCUGGUCUGGCCAACAAAUCUGUGUUGUGAUGUUGGGGAAAACAGAUCUUCUGAUCUCCGGCAGAAAAUGUGCUAGAGGAAGAGUAUCACCAGUUAAUGUAUUGGCUCUGUGGAAAUACAAGGGAAGUGAAAUGUUGGGCAUAUUCAAGGUCUAGGUUUUAGCUGACGCAUAAUUGUUUGGGAUAUGAAAUGAGAAAAAAAAUAAAAGAACUAAAAUAAUCAUAUAUGGCAGUCUGCACUUUAUAUAGUCUCCAUGGAUACUAGAUUGUCAUAAAUACACUCUUUACACUGUUUAGCUGAAUGUUACGAUACUUUUUGAAGUUUAUCUUUCCUCAGUCCAGUAUUAACAUUGGAAUUUACCUCCAAGUAGACCCUGGACUGUUCAAACCUUGUGCUUUUAGAUGAAAGAAAAACCCAUAAAUAUACAGAAUAUAAAGUGAUUGAGACUCGCACAGUUCUUGCGUUGCUGUUAAUAGAUUCUGUAUGCAACUCUGUAAAUAUAAAAAUAAGCUUUGUCAGUUGACCUGAAAUUGAACUUUGAUGGGCCUGUAGACAUUGAUAUUCUGUAUUAUAUUUAAGUGACAGUACUGUUUGUUACAUUCCUGGAACUGCAGACACUGUAAAAUAUAUUCUCCGAUGUUUACACCACGUCUUUGGAAUUUGUGAAACUUGUUUUCAUUCACACGCAAAUAAAAUACUGCUGAAUCUUUUCA